GGACAUGCUCUUUAAAUGAAAUAGAUGGUUGUACUUGUAAUGAGUUGUAUGGGAGUAGAUAGACAUGAUAAAGCAUGGACAAUGAUCAAGACGUCAUGGUUUGGAGUUCUGGAAUGGAUUGGAUCAAGGAGAGUGAAGGUUUCCCUGACAUACCCAAGAACGCGGGCUUACUAAACAAGAACACAUACGCGUAAUCCUUAGAGGAGACCACGUUCUCUGGGAUGAAGAACACGGUCUGGCUCUAGGAUGAAGAACGCGGCCAUGUAACUGAGUUAAUAGGUCGUGUUCUCAAUUAAGAGAAUGGGCAGGAAAACACAGGCUAGAGGUACCAAAGAACGUGAUUCUUUCUUGGUUCCCAAGGUUGCGUUUUCACUUACGAGAAUGAACGAGGACAUCACAGAGUGAAGAUUGGAGAACACGGGUUGUGCAAUGGAAAACGUGACUACGUUUUCUAACGUACAGACCGUGUUUCCUUAGAUUAACCCCAGAUGGGAGGAUUAAAUCCAAGCUUGCAUUGUGUAGUGCUUAUGGAUGAAUACAUUGAUUAAGUGAUUACCUUGGUGUAUUAAAAAGAUGUUUGUAAUCUUGUUAAAGGAAAGGAGCAAUCCGGGGAGUUCUCAAAGGGCAAAGGACUUUCGGAUUAGCUAUCGAAAAGUGAGUAAAGUCUAACCUAUUAAUCGUAUGAAUUCAUAUAUGGGAUUCGGGUAAUGAAGCGGCUCGAAUAUGGAAUAUGGGAUCACUGAAUGGCUAUAACUAUGUGUAUGUGUGAAUGAAGUGAUAUGUAAUGGAUGAUGUAUGAAUGAGAUGUGGUUAACUGUUAUGUGAUGCUGCAAGUGGAAUGUGAUAAGGGUUGACAGAUAAUCAUGAAUGAAAAUAUGAUGUAUAGCCUAAUUGGCUAUAUUGUGAUAUUGGAAAUCCUACAAGGUGAUGAUGGGAUAAUGGGUAUCCUAAUUGGCUAUAUUGUGAUAUUGGGAAGCCUAUUAGAAAAAAUGUGGAACGGGAAGCCAGAAGGCGAUGAUGUGUUAAUAUGAAAUGGUGUGAAUGUGAUUAAUGAAAUGAUAUUAAAUGUAAUCAUAUGAAUGGUAUUUGAUUGAUGCUUAUGCUCUAGACUGAUUUUGUGACUAACUAAAGAAGAUUUUUUUGAUCACCUAAAUCAAACCUAAUGGUGGUACUUUAUACAUCUGUUGGUGGUGUUUAAGGCAUAUGUUGAGAUGUGCUUUAUGCAUCUACUGGUGGGGUUUUAUGCAUCUAGAGGUUGUGUCUAAGGCAUCUAUUGGACGAUGUUUUAUGCAUCUAUUGACGGUGCUUAAUAUAUCUAUUGGAUAUACAUGCGGGAGUGAAUGACUUGAAAAAGAUACUUAAACUAGCAAAUUUCUAUGUAUGUAUGUAUGUAUGUAUGUAUUUUUUCCAUGUAAUAUCAAGGUACAAUAGUUAGAUCCUCUACCCAAAACCCCAAAGCGACAUUUAAUGAAGCCACCCAACAAAAUCAAAGGAAGCUAUCUCUACAAGGGACAGCAGCAGGGCUUGUCUUGCCACUCUAUGGGCAGCCCAGUUGAUAGUACUCGGGAACGAACUAAAGCGAAUACAAGAAGAACAAGAGCUCAACAACUGGAGACAAUCACGAAGCAAGGGCCCGCCCACCGAAUCUUCACAACAUCUACCGUCAAGCUGUCGAAUGACCACUUCAGAAUCACCUUCAAUAAUGACAAGGGGGAUGUUGUGGGAAUGCACUAACGAGAUGGCGUCCCUUGCAGCAAGCAGCUCCGCAAGAUAAGGAUUCGAAUCUCCUAGAUGGUGGAAUCCCGAGGCCAAAAAGAUUUGCCCAUCCGUUCCUCGAGCGACGAGGCCAGACGAGCAUCCCGAUUCACAGACAACAACAUUGAAGUUGAUCUUGAUAAAACCUUCAGGAGGACCAACCCAAAUGGAGAGACGGGAGGACUGGAGGCGGGGAGAAGGGGUCUGGGGAUGAAGGGAGACUAAGGAAUAUUCUUGGACUUGGAAGAAGAAAUGACGGGCAAGGGAACUGGCUAGUGGUUGAGUGAAUUCAAAAACCACUUUAUUUCUAGAUUUCCAAAUUCACCAAAGAAGAUAGACGCAGGGGAGAUAGUGGAUUUGAAAGUUUUCUGAAUUCAUAACAUGUCGCCACCAGAUACCGAAAUUUUCAGUUGGGGCGGAGAAAAGUAAGCUACUUAAUCCCACCAUAGCCCAGAUGUGUAAAUCAAGAGGACAGUGGAAAAAGAGGUGUUCAAUAUUUUCUUGACUAUCCCAACAAAUUGAUCAACGAGUUUGGCAGUUAAUUUCCCGAGAUCUAAGAGCCACCAUAGUUGGCAAUAUUACUUUCAAACAUUGCCAUAUAAAAAACUUGAGCUUCGGUGGGACAUCAAGAGCCCACGUUCUUUUCCAGACAGGAGGAUCAAUAAUGGAAGCCAUCGAUUUUUGGCUAAGUGCCAAGAUAUUUUCCAAGGCAAGAUGGUAUCCUGUUUUUACAGAAUAAGAUCUAUUUUUUUAAAAUUGCCAGAUUAGCUUAUCUUGUUGUGGUAAAAUGGGUACUACCAUUUUUCUAAUGAGAUCAACUAAAUUUUCCUUGAACCAAUGUCUUAAUCUAGGGACAUGCCAUUCAUUUUGUCCUUCUCUGAUGAAAAUGACACCCUCAGACUGUUAUUGCCCUCUUGCAGCCUAUGCUCAGGUGGCAUGGUUUAUCAGCUAGUAACCAAUUAUAUUUGAAGGAUUCUAUGUCGUUUCCAUCGCCCACCUGCCAUCGCAGUCCCUGAACAAGGAGAUCUCGUCCAAAAAGGAUGCUUCUCCAUCCCCAAGAUGGGUUAGAGCCAAUAGAGGCUUUCAAUACCGAGCUUUCAUUGAAAUAUCUUCCUUUAUACAAUCGACUAAGAAGUGAAUCAGGAUUUGACCAUAUGCGCAAACAAAGCUUGGCUAAAAGAGCUUGAUUGAAAGCCCUAAAAUCUCUGAAGCCUAGUCCUCCGUGGAAUUUACUUUGAGCGAGACCUUUCCACGAUACCCAGUGAAUUGGAUUAUCAAAAUUAUGAGCGGUUCCCCACCAAAAUCUUGCCAAAAGGUCAUUUAAACGUCUACAAGUGUCAACUGGGAACUUAAAGCACGUCAUACCAUGAACGAGUAUAUUAGUUGCCGAGGUCCUAAUCAGAGUGUCCUUAGCACCUUGGAAAGGGUCCGUUGUUUCCAGCCUUGCAAUUUCUUGCCCAUCUUUUCCUCAAUAUAGAGGAAGGUAUCUUUUUUCGAUCUUGAAAUUAGGGAAGGCAGUCCUAGAUAAGAAUCUUGUUCUCAUAUAGCCUCAACUCCUAACUGAGUUCCCAUGAAGCUUGCAUCCUCACUCUUAGUAUUCCUACUAAAUAAAACUGCCGAUUUGGAGAGGUUGACUUUCUGGCCACUUAGUCCUUCAUAACCCUGGAGUAAGGAUAAGAGGGUCGUACAAGAAGCCUGAGAGGCUUGUAAAAAAAGAUAAGAGUCGUCAGAAAAGAAGAGGUGGGAAAUCAUAGGGCAGUUUUGACGUAUCCGAACUCCUUCCAAGAAUCCCAUGGUUACUACCUUAUUUAUCAUUGCUGAGAAUCCUUCUGUGCAUGUAGAAAACAAUAGAGAGGAUAAAGGAUCACCUUGUCU